UCUUUUCCCGUUUGUUAUCCCAUGGCAUCAGAGAGAUCUUCAUAUCCAGUCAAUAUUGUUUUGAACAAGCAGAGGAGUAGCUCACAGUGGAGAGAUGGAGAGAUGGCUGUUGAAGAGGACUCUCAACCCCAGGUGUAAUACAUAACAUUUUAAAAUUACAGAGACCUGACCUCUUGGAUCAAUUCUGAUAUUGGAAUAUCAGGAGAAUUUACUGCUUUUGUAUGGUUCAUGAGUAUGAAAAGCAUUAGACAUGGUGUGUCCAGAGUAAUAACCUCAGUCCCCUGUUACAGCCUACAGAUGUGGAGCAGAGAGUGGAGACUGAACCCAUACUGAUCAAAGAUGAGGAGACAGCAGUGGACUUGUGGAAGACUGACCCUCAGGAAGAGUUUAGGAUCACUGGAGAGGGUGGGUGCGACCAUAAGGGGUACUGCUCUGUGUGGGUGUGGUGGUAUGCGCGUUCCAAAUUGCUACAUUGGUGUUUUAUGUUCUGGCAUAUGUAGCGCACGGACACACAGUCAGUUCUAAAGCAGUCGUAUUUUGCAUCUGUUAAGGGUCUUUUGUAAUGUUUAUUUAAUGUUUAUCCCCAAAUCUUUAGAGUCUGGUUCCAAGCCUGGGCAACCACCAUCCUUUGAGCAACGGCACUGUGAUGAGGACUUCAUCACACAACCCAACAUAUCUCCCGAAGACUCAGUGGAACAUUACCCCAAUUCUGAUCGUCCAGAGGAACCAGGCACACCCCGGCUCACGUCUACAGACGUGUUCAGCACAGAGCAGCACCAGCCAGACAAGGACUCACUAGAGCUAGUGAUGGUGAAGAAUGAGAAAGAGGAGGAGCUGGAUCAGACCACGGCCCUGGCAGGACCUGACCAGUUUGUUAUGGAUGAGACUGAUGGGCAGCUGUGGACCUCUGUGGAUCCAGGCAGAGAUAUUGACCCUGAUGGCCACCCAGAUUUCUCCUUUCAUGCAACAGAAGAGUACUCUCAGAAUAUCUCAAUUUUCCCAUCUCAUAGUGGGCUGCCAUCCGUUCCUACUAUGACAGAUGAUGUAGGGCCAUCGCUUCACUCUUCUAUAUGGAAACCACAUGCUAACAUGUUCAGUGCAGCAAAACACAUGACAAGACAUGUCAGGACAUUGGCUGAUGAGACUAGACAACAGAUGCCAGAGGGACAGAGCAGCGAGAGGCUGAACUCAAAUAAUGAAGGAAAUAGUUUAGCUCUACAGCCAAGGCAGCAUCAAUACAGGGCUUCAGAAUCAACAGUGAGAUUGAGUGAAUGCAUGACAGGGUCAAACAUGGCCACCACCUCCACCUUCUCUGGAUACAGCCUGAGUCGCAGUAGUUUUAACAUGGUGAAGAGAAUGAGGACUCAGUGGAGGUCGGGCGGCCCCACCGAGAGGCGUUUCAGCUGCACCUUCUGUGGGAAGAGCUUCCCACGUUUCUGGCAGCUCAAAGAACACCUCCGGAGUCACACCGGAGAGAAACCGUACACCUGCGAACAGUGUGGCAGGAGUUUCACCAAACAGUGCAACCUGAUCAGACAUGCUGUGGUCCACAGUGGGGAGAAGCCCUACAAGUGCACACAGUGUGGGAAAUGCUUCCCCCAGCGUUCCGGUAUGAAGUCACAUCAGAGAACUCACAUAGGAGAGAGUCCAGUGUCUCAAUACGUGGUACCUGCAUACCCUGGGGAUCCACACACAAGUUUAAUGUUGUCUCAGAACAGAUGGAACAAAUAGUUAAUAAUUGCAUAGUUUUUCUGUAAUAGUUUUUAUGGGAAAAUGUUGUACAGAUGGAAUUUUGAGACAUUUUGACAAGCUUUUCCUCCUAAUUGAUUCGUAAAAUGGUUUUCAUGUUUGACUGUUAAUGGCUCCUCACUUAUUAUUGUUAUUAUUUUUUUAAACAAACAUUCUAUUCUCAUUUACAAUGAAAAUGUCUCCAAAAUAACACAAUGCAUUUUUACUAUUAAUUUAUAUUGGGCACAAAAAUCUGACUAUAGAAAAGUUUGUGGUCAUACGCACAUCCUUAGAUGUGCUGGGCUAAUAAAGAAUACUUGUAAAGAAUAGGAAGGCCCAAUGUUCCAAAUUCAUUUUACAUUUACAUUUUAGUCAUUUAGCAUACAAUUCACCGCCUUAAUGACAACGUUUCGAUCCAAAACACACACAAAAAAACUGCCAAUGUGUCCAACAAGUUUGUAGUCACAAGCAUGAUGUAGUCAUUGCGUGCUAGGAGUAUGGGACCAAAUACUAAACUUUUGACUGAAUGUAAUACACUAAGUGAAUUUGUCAAAAUACUUAUGACACUUUCAUGGGGAGACUAGAUAAAGUGCAUUAAUUUCUAAACGGUAAGAAAGUUAUGUAUGAAAAUACCCUCAAAUAAAAGGUGACAUUCUGUAUAAAACAUUUGAUCUCAAAUACAAAAUGCUGGAUUAUAGAGCCAAAUUAAAAGUUUUAGCUUCACUUUCUAAAUAAAUAGAUAGGGGAGUGUAUGUGAAUAAUUUUAUUCCAAAACGCUAUAUCCAUUUUCAGAAAUGUUGAUUAAUUGGUGGUCACACUAGAUACUGACUGUUUUUCUGAUACACAUCCCUAUCUUUUUUUAAAGGAAUCUGUGACCAACAGAUGCAUAUCUGUAUCCCCAGAUUUAUUUAUUUCCUUAUAUGAACUGUAACUCAGUAAAAUCUUUUGAAAUUGUUACAUGUUGCGUUUAUAUUUUUGUUCAGUGUAUGAGAGAGAUUGGUGUGUUUUUUCACCACCUAAUCAUGGCAUGGGGUUUUUCAAAGGCUUACAUAUAUUUGUUUGAAAUCUAUCACUUGAUGGUUUCAUGUUGUUCCAAAACGCUACAGUGCCUUCAGAAUGUAUUCAAACCCCUUGACUUUUUCCAAGUUUUGUUGUGUUACAACGUGGGAUUAAAAUUCAUUUAAUUGUAAUUUUUUGGUCAAUGAUAUACACCAAAUACUCUAAUGUCAAAGUGGGAGAAAAAUUCUAACAUUUGUAAAAAAAAAUAUUGAACAAUAAAACACUAAUAUAUCUUGAUUAGAUAAGUAUUCAACCCCCUGAGUCAAUACAUGUUAGAAUCACCUUUUAGCAAUGAUUACAGCUGUGAGUCUAACUGGGUAAGUCUCUGAGCUUUCCACACCUGGAUUGUGCAACAUUUGCCUAAUAUUAUUUUCAAAAUUCUUCAAGCUCUGUCAAAUUGGUUGUUGAUCAUUGCUAGACAACCAUUCUCAGGUCUUGCCAUAGAUUUUCGAGCAGAUUUAAGUCAAACCUGUAACUUGGCCACUCAGGAACAUUAACUGUCGUCUUCGUAAACAACUCCAGUGUAGAUUUUGCCUUGUGUGUUAGGUUAGACUGAAGCAGGUUUUCCUCUAGGAUUUUGCGUGUGCUUAGCUUCAUUCCGUUUCUUUUUUAUCCUGAAAAACUCCCCAGUCCUUAAUGAUUACAAACAUACCCAUAACAUGAUGCAGCCACCACUAUACUUGAAAAUAUGGAGAGUGGUACUCCGUAAUGUGUUGUAUUGGAUUUGCCCCAAACAUAACACUUUGUAUUCAGGAUAAAGUCGUUCAAAAAUCAUGAGUCCAUGCAACUUAUGUGACUUGUUAAGCAAAAACAUAAUUCCACUUUGACAUUAUGGGGUAUUGUGUGUGGGCCAGUGAAAUCUUGUUGUGGAAAAUAACCACUAUACUUUAUUACAAAUAAGGUCUUACAGAGUUUUUGUUGCAUCAAGAAAUGACUUUAUUAAAGUUUCAACAAAGCCGAUACCAGUCUGCAGAGUGGCACACCGUUCUCUCUCUCUCACGUCACAUUAUAUACCAUCAUCCCCAACUCUUCUAGCUCUAAAUCCCUCCCACUUCAGUUUCCCGCUCUUUAUCACUCCACGCCCACUUCCUUUGUCUCUCUAAACUCAACUUUUAUUAUGCACAUAAUACUCCAACCAAUCACUCACUCCCCUGUCUUGCACACACACUUAUGUUUAGUUUAAACAUGACAAGGCCCUAACAUACACAAACCUCACCCCAUCAUGCUGUAAUCAAUCAAGAAGAUACCAAGGAGACAAAGGUCUAGUCCAAACUCCAUUCAAUCCUGGUGCCGCUCCCUUCAUGGUGUUUGAAGAGAGAGACAAAAGGCCACAAGCUAGUUUCAGUCUCUCAUCGGAUAAGACAGCCAUGGAUUGAAGUAAGAGCAAGCAAUUUGACCCUAGGGCAGAUUUCCUCUCUACUCCCCCACACACACAGUGAAAUGCCCCAAUUAAAUUCCUGGCCCAGUAACAAAUAAUUCUAACUCAAUGUUCGUGAUUAACCCAGUUCUAUCUCCUAAUCCAUUAAAACAUACACUUCAAUCUCAAUUUAAUCCAUUUUAAAAUCAGGCUGUAACAAAUGAAAAUUUGGGGAAAUUCAAGUGGUGUGAGUACUUUCUGAAGGCACUCACUCUCAGAGAAAUAAGUAGUACUGCUAGGUUUUACAGUCAAAUGUGACAAAUAACUAUAUAUUUUUAAAUAAAGACCUGUACAAAUGAUACAUUUGUGACAUCAAUAUUAAAAAAAUGUUUUUAAAAAGGAAUAAAUACAGUAAUAUGAGAUCUAUAUGUAAAAUAUUUACAUUUGACAUUUUCGUUAUUUGGAUGCUCUUAUCCAGAGUGACUUACAGUUAUUCCAUUCAUCAUAGGAUCGCUAGGUGAGACAACCACAUAUCACAGUCAAAUAUACAGGAUACGAAUGUUCCAUUCCAGCUAAACAAUGAGUUUACAAAAUAUUAGGAACACCUUCCUAAUAUUGAGUUGCACCACCUUUUGCCCUCAGAACAGCCUCAAGUCGGCGUGGAAUGGACUCUACAAGGUGUCGAAAGUAUUCCACAGGGAUGCUGGUCCAUGUUGACUCCAAUACUUCCCACAGUUGUGUCAAGUUGGCUGGAUGUCAUUUGGGUGGUGGACCAUUCUCGAUACACACAGGAAACUGUGGAGCGUGAAAAACCCAGCAGCGUUGCAGUUCUUGACACACUCAAACCUGUGCGCCUGGCACAUACUACCAUACUCUGUUCAAAGGCACUUAAGUAUUUUGUCUUGCCCAUUAACCCUCUGAAUGGCACACAUACACAAUCGAGGGCUCCGGGCAGCCGAGUGGAAAUGGAGGAAAACUAGACUCCCUGCGGACUUCAGUCCUUCACGGCGUAGUGUGUUACCAAUUGUUUUCUUGGUGACUAUGGUCACAGCUGCCUUGAGAUCAUUGACAAGAUCCUUCCGUGUAGUUCUGGGCUGAUUCCUCACCGUUCUCAUGAUCAUUGCAACUCCACGAGGUGAGAUCUUGCAUGGAGACCCAGGCCGAGGGAGAUUGACAGUUAUUUUGUGUUUCUUCCAUUUGCAAAUAAACUGUUGUCACCUUCUCACCAAGCUGCUUGGCGAUGGUCUUGUAGUCCAUUCCAGCCUUGUGUAGGUCUACAAUUUUGUCCCUGACAUCCUUGGAGAGCUCUUUGGUCUUGGCCAUGGUGGAGAGUUUGGAAUCUGAUUGAUUGAUUGCUUCUGUGGACAGGUGUCUUUUAUACAGGUAACAAGCUGAGAUUAGGAGCACUCCCUUUAAGAGUGUGCUCCUAAUCUCAGCUCGUUACCUGUAUAAAAGACACCUGGGAGCCAGAAAUCUUUCUGAUUGAGAGGGGGUCAAAUACUUAUUUCCCUCAUUAAAAUGGAAAUCAAUUUAUAACAUGUUUUUCAUGCGUUUUCUGGAUUUUUUUGUUGUUAUUCUGUCUCUCACUGUUCAAAUAAACCUACCAUUAAAAUUAUAGACUGAUCAUUUCUUUGUCAGUGGGCAAACAUACAAAAUCAGCAGGGGAUCAAAUACUUUUUUCCCUCACUGUAUUUGCUGCUCUGGCACCCCAAUGGUGGAACAAGCUCCCCCACGAUGCCAGGACAGUGGAGUCACUGACCACCUUCCGGAGACACUUGAAACCCUACCUCUUUAAGGAAUACCUGGAAUAGUAUAAAGCAAUCCUUCUACCCCCCCCCCCCCCCCCCCCCCCCCCCACCUCCCCCACCCCCCCAUAAAAAAAGAAGAAAAAAAGUGGUUGUCCCACUUGCUAUCAUAAGUUGAAUGCACCAAUUUGUAAGUCCCUCUGGAUAAGAGUGCCUGCUAAAUGAUGUAAAUGUAAAAAUGUAAAUGUAAUGUGUCAAGGCUUAAAAAUCCUUCUGUAACCCGUCUUCUCCCCUUCAUCUAUAUUGAAGUAUAUUUAACAAAUUACAUCAAUAAGGGAUCAUAGCUUUCACCUGGUCAGUAUAUGUCAUGGAAAGAGCAGGUUUUCCUAAUGUUUGGUACACUCAGUGUAUAACGUUUUGCAACAACACCCAUUUUAAUGCACAUCUAAAAUCUAUGUUUAAAAAAAUCUGAGAACAGUUAUAUUUUACACGCACAUGAAGGUACCCUAAUCAAUCAUUUCUGAUGAAAAAACACAAAUGUGAAAAAUGGGUGGAUAUAGCCUUCUGUAGCUAAACCUUGCAUAUGUGUUUGUGCUUUAAAACCCCUAAGAGAAGACCCUCAAUGUAAAUCAGUUAUAAUGCAUGUAGUAUGCAAUAGGAACUUGAAAUAUAUAAUGACAUUUAGUUUAUUUGAAGUUUACAUUAAACUGGUUUAUCGGCUUUGUUCCCCAGCUGUAUCAAACAAGUUCUAUACCUUUUUCUAUCCUUUAAUAAAUGCCAUACCACAUUUUCAGAAUGGUUUCAUUAGGUUGUGUCGAUGAGAAUGGAGAUGACAAUAUUAAUGGCAAUAUUUGAUCAUAUAUAAACCAUGUGUUUUUAUGAAUGGUUGAAUAAUAUAUUUUACGUUUUCACCACAGUGCUUCGUGCAUUAUGCAUCUAUAGCCUUUUAUGCAUUAAUAACCAUGUGAGCCACUGCAUUGCACUGCACUUUCCCCUACAUGCAGCCAUUGACUAAUAACAAAAUACGCUUUACGAUCUGAAUUCUUUAUUCAGAUCGUAAAACGUCUUCUUUUUUUGUUGUAAACUGAUAUGGCUAUCCUACAUGCAGACUAGAAUAUACUCUGGUAUUUGCUGGCCAGUGCUAAUUCAAACAAAUGUUUAGGGCAGUUGCAGUCUCAUUUGUACGGUAACAAAUACUUAAGUCAUAAAUUGAACGGAAGUGCGAUUGCAAUUUCACACAGGGCAUGUUCGAUUUAUUUUGUAUUUUUAUUAUGAACAACAUAAAACCAAUACAAAAACAGAAAUAUACAAACAAGAGCACAUAAACCUAACAUAGACAGUCGUAUUACAUGUCAAGAUAAAUGUUCAAUUUGUCAAAAAGUUUUAUGGUAACGUUACGUAUUGCUUUUUUGUUUUUACACUUACUGAUCAUUUCAAAAUAAUGUUUCAAUUAUAUCUUAAACAAUGUGAAGAGGGUUUUAUUCUCCGCCCACUUCAAUUUAUGGAUAAAGAAUCUGCCAUGAAAAAUAAACAAAUUAACAAUGAAAAUUAAAUCGGGGUCCAUAUCAUUUGGAUCAAAAUAAAACAUAAUAUCAGAGUCUUUGAAAUUAACAUUAAUAGUAGUUUAUUUUAAAAUAAAAUCUUCUAACUCACUCCAAAAAUCUUCUGACAUAAGAACAGUCCCAAAAUAAAUGGUUAAGAGUCUCUGGGUCACAACCACAAAAUACACAUUUGUUAUCAAUAGCAAUUUUUAAUCUGUGUACAAUGAAGGUCUUUAGAGGGUAGAUUGUAUGAAUGAGUUUGUAUUAUACUUAUUUCACCCACCUUACUAGAUACACAAUAUUUGCCAGAAAACAACGAGACUUUGUUCCAGUUCACUUGUCCUAGGGCGCGUUCGACAUAGAGCUCGCCAGCUUGUAGUCCUAAAGCUACGGGGAAAAUGAAUGGCGAAAGAACAGGGUUUUGGAAUAAAUGCCCAAAAUAAGGUCUGAGGUUAACAAAGGUUUAGGAUAUCUUAUACGUUUUGUUCUAUGAGGUAACCGCAGUCAGUUAAUAUUACCUUUAUGAAUGAUGAAGCCUUUAUGUGCUUUUUAAAAUUACAUACAUUCUUCAACAUUCACAUAAAGUGACGUUAGCUGAUGAAUAAUAUUUCAUAGAAGAAAACAUAAGAUCUCCUAAGCCUGUGUUUACCACAUACCUUAUUUUCGGCGUUUAUCCAAAAACCUUACCAAAAAAAAGCCAUUCAUUUUUCUGCCUACAAAAAGACGCCAUUACUAGCGAGUCGAGACUGACUGAUCUACAAGAACCCUUGCAACAUAAAUAACUACUCAAUAUUAUUUGUAUAUCAGUCAGUCACAAUUUACCCAUGAUACAUCACGGGUUUGAUGCUCUCGAACACUGUCACAUUCUUGCCAUUUAUCAACUGCUACGGAUUGUUUAUUGCACAUUAGCUUGGAAAUUGUCAACUAUUUACUUAACACAGAGAAUACAAAUCUGUAAUUUGGGCUGGACAAGAUGGCCAGCAGCAAUUUUCAGGCGCAGUUUCUAUCCAUUAUGGAGGUAUUAGCUAAAGCAGCUGUAGCAGAAAUAAACAAUCGUGUUGAUGAUAGCUGUGCAGUUCUACGUUUGGAAAUGACCCAAAGCCAGCGAGAUAUUGAUGUACUGAAAAGGAAGUGUAAAAUGAUGGAGAACGAUCUGAAGACAGGAGGACGAGUCAGGAGAAAAGGUAGCUGAUGUGUUAUUCAUGGUAAAUUGAUUCCAUAUGCAAAACGCAAAUGUGUGAAUAGCCCUAAUAUUUGACUGAAUACAAUUAUUUUCCCUUUUUUUUUUUACCCCAUGGCAUCAGAGAGAUCUUCAUAUCCAGUGAAGAUUGUUUUGAACAAGCAGGGGAGUAGCUCACAGCGGAGGGACAAGGACUCUCAACCCCAUGUGUGAUAUAUCACCUUUUACAGUUAUAGAGACCUGAUCUCUUGGAUCAAUUCUGUCAUUGGAAUAUCAGGAGAAUUUACUUAUUUCGUGUGAUUCAUGAGUAUGAAAAGCGUUAGAUAUGUGAAAUGGCAUAUUAUUAUUAUAUUAUAUAUUAUAUAUAAACUCCCUCUUUACCUCUGUGACCUGCUCUUCUUCACCGCUAGCAGUUACCAGACCCGGUCUACUAGGUGGUUGCUACUUAAAGUCCCCAGGGCCGUUACUGAGUUAGGCAAGACUGCCUUCUCUAUUGUUCACCAGAGGCAUUACAUUUUCUACAAAGUAUGCUUAAACUAGAUAUACUAGUCUAGUGACACUCAAUGACUUUAAAACUCUGGUACAAAACUCUGUUCAGGAGGAGUGUAAAUGUUUCCUGUAGGCUGGAUCGUAUUGCUGUGCUGAUUGUGUUGUAUGUUUUAAGUGUUGUAAUGUAUUGAUUGCUGCUGCCUUCUUUGCCAGGUCUCCCUUGCAAAAGAGACUGUAUCUCAAUGGGGUUUUCCUGGUAAAAUAAAAAUAUAUGGUGUGUGUCCAGAGUAAUAACCUCAGUCCCCUGUUACAGCCUACAGAUGUGGAGCAGAGAGUGGAGACUGAACCCAUACUGAUCAAAGAUGAGGAGACAGCAGAGGACGUGUGGAAGACUGACCCUCAGGAAGAGCUCAGGGUCACUGGAGAGGGUGGGUGUGACCAUAAGGGGUACUGCUCUGUCUGUCUAUGGAAGACUGUGUGGGUGUUGUGGUAUGCAUGUUCCAAAUUGCUACAUUGGUGUUGGGUGUUUUAUGUUCUAGCAUAUGGAGCGCACGGACACACAGUCAGUUCUAAAGCAGUCAUGUUUUCCAACUGUUAAGGGUCUUUAAUGUUUUUUUUAUGUUUAUCCCCGAAUCUUUAGAGUCUGGUUCCAAGCCUGGGAAACCACCAUCCUUUGAACAACGGCACUGUGAUGAGGACUUCAUCACACAACCCAACAUAUCUCCUGAAGACUCAGUGGAACAUUACCGCAAUUCUGAUCGUCCAGAGGAACCAGGUACACCCCGGCUCGCGUCUACAGAGGUGUUCAGCACAGAGCAGCACCGGCCGGACGAGGACUCACUAGAGUUAGUGAUGAUGAAGGAUGAGGAGCUGGAUGAGACCACGGCCCUGGCAGGACCUGACCAGUUUGUUAUGGAUGAGACUGAUGGGCAGCUGUGGACCUCUGUGGAUCCAGGCAGAGACACUGACCCUGAUGGCCACCCAGAUUUCUCCUUUCAUGCCACAAAAGAGUACUCUCAGAAUAUCUCGAUUUUCCCAUCUCAUAGUGGGCUGCCAUCUGUUCCUAAUAUGACAGAUGAUGUAGGGCCAUCGCGUCACUCUUCUUUAUGGAAACCACAUGCUAACAUGUUCAGUGCAGCAUCACACAUGACAAGACAUGUCAGUACAUUGGCUGAUGAGACUAGACAACAGAUGCCAGAGGGACAGAGCAGAGAGAGGCUGAACUCAAAUAAUGACACAAAUAGUUUUGCUUUACAGCCAAGGCAGCAUCAAUACAGGGCUUCAGAAUCAAGAGUGAGAUUGAGUGAGUGCAAGACGGCGUCAAACACGGCCACCACCUCCACCUCUGGAAACAGCCUGAGUCGCAGUAGUUUUAACAUGGUGAAGAGAAUGAGGACUCAGUGGAGGUCGGGCAGCAACACCGAGAGGCGUUUCAGCUGCACCUUCUGUGGGAAGAGCUUCCAGCGUUUCUGCCAGCUCAAAGUACACCUCCGGAGUCACACCGGAGAGAAGCCAUACACCUGUGAACAGUGUGGCAGGAGUUUCACCAAGCAGUGCAACCUGAUCAGACAUGCUGUGGUCCACAGCGGGGAGAAGCCCUACAAAUGCACACAGUGUGGGAAAUGCUUCCCCCAGCGUUCCGGUAUGAAGUCACAUCAGAAAACUCACAUAGGAGAGAGUCCAGUGUCUCAAGACGUGGUACCCGCAUACCCUGGGGAUCCACACACAAGUUUAAUGUUGCCUCAGACCAGAUGGAACAAAUAGUUAAUAAUUGCAUUGUUUUUUUUGUAACACUUUCUAUGUGAAAAAUGUGGUACAGAAGGUUUUCUGAGACAUUUUGACAAGCUUUCCUCCUAAUUGAUUUGUGAAAUGGUUUUCAUGUUUGACUGUUGACCGCUUUUAUUUUAACAACCUAUUUACAACUGGUAAAGUGUUUUUUGUACCAUAAAAUCAUAAAAAAUAAUGUUAUAUUCAAUACAAUUGAUUUAAUGAAAGAAUCCAUCUGUACUUUUAGAUCAAUAUUAUACAGUUGCGGCCAAAUAUAUUGUCACCCUUGCACUUUUCCCAUUUCUUAUAAAAUAAGUUGAAAUUGAACAACAAAAUGUUUGUUCACCGCACCUUGUUAUUGGAUUUUCAACAUUGCAGAACCAAUUUUAUUUUUGUAAACUUAAGUUUACAAUUUUAAUUCAGAAAAUAAAGACAAAUGGCAUAGAUACAAUUAUUUGCACCCUGGAGCUAAUACUUGGUUACACAGCAUUUGGCCAAGAUAACUGCAGACAAACGCUUCUUGUAGCCAUUAAUGAGCUUGCUGCACCUUUCCACUGGCAAUUUGGCCCACGUUUUAGCAGAAAACUGCUCUAAUUCUUCCAUUUUUGAGGGUUGCCCUCCACUAACUGCUGUUUUCAGAUCUCGCCAUAGGUUUUGGAUGUGAUUCAGAUCUGGACUCUUUGCUGGCCACUCAAACAGUCCAGCAUCUCUUGAACCAUUCCUGGGUGCUUUUUGAUAUGUAUUUGGGGUCGUUGUCCUGCUGGAAGACCCACAACUUUCAACAGAGAUCCAGUUUUUGCACACUGGGUUGAACGUUGGACUCCAAACAUCUGAUAAUCGGCUUAAUUUCAUGAUGCCUCGCGCAUGUUCAAUGCCCCCAAUACCAGAGGCAGCAAAGCAACCCCACAGCAUUAUCAAACCUCCCCCAUCUUUGAUCGUAGGGAGGGUGUUUUCUUUUCAUAUUCUAUCAUGCAGCUCAAUCGACACUACUUGCUAUCUUCUUCUACACACUAGCUAAUAUGCACCAGCCUGUACUGUUGACACCAGGCAGGAUGGGUCCAAAUCCUGACCUCGCAUGACGCAACAGGAACUGGGAUUCGUCGGACCAGGCAAUGUUUCUCCACUCCUCAAUUGUCCAGUGUUGGUGAACGCGUGCCCACUGGAGCCGCUUCGUCUUGUUUUUAAGCUGACAGGAGUGAGACCCGGUGUGGUCGUCUGCUGCAAUAUCCCAUCCGUGACAAGGAUUGACAAGUUGUGCAUUCCGAGAUGCUGUUCUGGCUUGGGGGUAGAAGCUGUUAAGAAGCCUUUUGGACCUAGACUUGGCGCUCCGGUACCGCUUGCCGUGCGGUAGCAGAGAGAACAGUCUAUGACUAGGGUGGCUAGAGUCUUUGUUUGGGCCUUCUUCUGACACUGCCUGGUAUAGAGGUCCUGGAUGGCAGGAAGCUUGGCCCCAGUGAUGUACUGGGCCUUACGCACUACCCUCUGUAGUGCUUUGCGGUCGGAGGCCGAGCAGUUGCCAUACCAGGCAGUGAUGCAACCAGUCAGGAUGCUCUCGAUGGUGCAGCUGUAUAACUUUUUGAGGAUCUGAGGACCCAUGGCAAAUCUUUUCAGUCUCCUGAGGGGGAAUAGGCUUUGUCGUGCCCUCUUCACAACUGUCUUGGUGUGUUUGGACCAUGAUAGUUUGUUGGUGAUGUGGACACCAAGGAACUGGAAGGUCUCAACCUGCUCCACUAUAGCCCUGUCGAUGAGAAUGGGGGCGUGCUUGGUCCUCUUUUUCCUGUAGUCCACAAUCAUCUCCUUUGUCUUGAUCACGUUGAGGGAGAGGUUGUUAUCCUGGCACCACACGGCCAGGUCUCUGACCUCCUCCCUAUAGGCUGUAUCAUCGUUGUCGGUGAUCAGGCCUACCACUGUUGUGUCGUUUCAAACUUAAUGAUGAUGUUGGAGUCGUGCCUGGCCAUACAGUCAUGGGUGAACAGGGAGUACAUGAGGGGACUGAGCACGCACACCCCUGAGGGGCCCCCGUGUUGAGAAUCAGCGUGGCAGAUGUGUUGUUACCUACCUUUACCACCUGGGGGCGGCCCGUCAGGAAGUCCAGGAUCCAGUUGCAGAGGGAGUUGUUUAGUUCCAGGGUCCUUAGCUUAGUGAUGAGCUUUGAGGGCACUAUGGUGUUGGACGCUGAGCUGUAGUCAAUGAAUAGCAUUCUCACGUUGGUGUUCCUUUUGUCCAGGUGGGAAAGGGCAGUGUGGAGUGCAAUAGAGAUUGCAUCAUCUGUGGAUCUGUUGGGGGGGAAUGCAAAUUGGAGUGGGUCUAGAGUUUCUGGGAUAAUGUUGUUGAUGUGAGCCAUGACCAGCCUUUCAAAGCACUUCAUGGCUACAGACGUGAGUGCUACGGGUCGGUAGUCAUUUAGGCAGGUUACCUUAGUGUUCUUGGGCACAGGGACUAUGGUUGUCUGUCGCAGCCAGCCGCGACCGGGAGACCCAUGGGGCGGUGCACAAUUGGCCCAGCGUCGUCCAGGUUAGGGGAGGGUUUGGCCGGCAGGGAUGUUGUUGUCCCAUCGCGCACUAGCGACUCCUGUGGCGGGCAGUGCACGCUGACUCGGUCGCCAGGUGUAUGGUGUUUCCUCCGACACAUUGGUGUGGCUGGCUUCCGGGUUAAGCGGGCAUUGUGUCAAGAAGCAGUGCGGCUUGGUUGGGUUGUGUUUCAGAGGACGCACGGCUCUCGCCCUUCGUCUCUCCCGUGUCCGUAUGGGAGUUGCAGCAAUGGGACAAGACUGUAACUACCAAUUGGAUACCACGAAAAAAAAUAAGUCAUUUAGCUCGUCUGGUAGGCUCGUGUCACUGGGCAGCUCGCGGCUGUGCUUCCCUUUGUAGUCUGUAAUAGUUUGCAAGCCCUGCCACAUCCGACGAGCAUCAGAGCCGAUGUAGUACGAUUCAAUCUUAGUCCUGUAUUGACGCUUUGCCUGUUUGAUGGUUCGUCGGAGGGCAUAGCGUGAUUUCUUAUAAGCAUACGGGUUAGAGUCCCGUGCCUUGAAAGCGGCAGCUCUACCCUUUAGCUCAGUGCGGAUGUUGCCUGUAAUCCAUGGCUUCUGGUUGGGGUAUGUACGUACGGUCACUGUGGGGACGACGUCAUCGAUGCACUUAUUGAUGAAGCCAGUGACUGAUGUGGUGUACUCCUCAAGCGGAAGAAUCCCGGAACAUAUUCCAGUCUGUGCUAGCAAAACUGUCCUGUAGCUUAGCAUCUGCGUCAUCUGACCACUUCUUUAUUGACCGAAAGCUUCCUGCUUUAGUUUUUGCUUGUAAGCAGGAAUCAGGAGGAUAGAGUUAUGGUCAGAUUUGCCAAAUGGAGGGCGAGGGAGAGCUUUGUACGUGUCUCUGUGUGUGGUAGAAAUGAGGUAAAACAGAGUCCCCAGCCACUAGGAGCGCUGCCUGUGGAUUAUCGUUUUCCUGUUUGCUUAUGACCUUAUACAGCUCAUUGAGUGCGGUCUUAGUGCCAGCAUCCGUUUGUGGUGGUAAAUAGACAGCUACAAAAAACAUAGAUGAAAACUCUCUUGGUAAAUAGUGUGGUCUACAGCUUAUCAUGAGAUACUCUACCUCAGGCGAGCAAAACCUCGAGACUUCCUUAAUAUUAGAUUUCGUGCACCAACUGUUGUUUACAAAUAUACACAGAUCUCCACCCCUUGUCUUACUGGAGGCAGCUGUUCUAUCUUGCCGAUGCAGCGUAUAUCCCACCAGCUGUAUGUUAUCCAUGUCGUCGUUCAGCCACGAAUCGUUGAAACAUAAGAUAUUACCGUUUUUAAGGUCCCGUUGGUGGGAUAUCCGUGAUUGUAAUUAGUCUAUUUUGUUAUCCAAUGAUUGUACGUUGGGUAAUAGGACUGAUGGUAGAGGCAGAUUAACCACUCGCCGUCUGAUCCUUACAAGGCACCUCGACCUAUGUCCCUGAUAUCUCAGUCUCUUUCUCAUGUGAAUGAUGGGGAUUUGGGCCUUGUCGGGUGUCUGAAGAAAAUCCUUCGCGUCCGACUCGUUAAAGAAAAAAUCUUAGUCCAGUACGAGGUGAGUAAUCGCUGUCCUGAUAUCCAGAAGCUCUUUUCGGUCAUAAGAGACGGUGGCAGAAACAUUAUGUACAAAAUAAGUUACAAAUAACACAAAAAAGCACACACAAUAGCACAAUUGGUUAGGAGCCCGUAAAACGGCAGCCAUCUCCUCCGGCACCAUUCUCUCUAUCAUGGCACAUUCCCCCGUGUAUGGCAGGCCUGAAUUCCAAACUUGUAAUACAGUUAAAUGAUCUAAAGUAAAGUCACCAAGGAAAGACAAUGCACCUGCCAACAAGGUCCGGAGGGCUUGAGGGGAUUGUGCCAAUUAUGUAUUGUCCAGUCCCUACACCAUUGCCCAGUAAAUAGUUUGCUACAAACCUUAUAAUAAUAAUAAUAAUAUGCCAUUUAGCAGACGCUUUUAUCCAAAGCGACUUACAGUCAUGCGUGCAUACAUAUUUUUUUUUUUUGUGUAUGGGUGGUCCCGGGGAUCGAACCCACUACCUUGGCGUUACAAGCGCCGUGCUCUACCAGCUGAGCUACAGAGGACCACCACUUAUGCCAAACCUUGCUGCAAUAGGAAGCAACUGCUAGAUGUAUGUACACCUUACUGGCCUUAAACAUAAUUUUUUGUGAAAUGCAACCAUUAUUUCCUUUAGAGUCUGAAAAGUGGGCAGACAUGAUGACCAAGUUGGACCACUUCUUUUUUUAGCACUUCCUGCCAGCCCUGUGCAGGUAGAGAACGAAGAAUCCCACUGGUAGGUGGAGAGGUGCUACCCUGGUGUCAUGGUGAUAAUAAAUAAUUGUGUUUACUUGAUUCAGUGAUUUACUUGACUUUGAAAUGUGUUUAAUUCCAGUUACAUGAUUGAAUCUUUUUUUAAAUGGCUAUAAUUGAAUUAGCCAAUGUUUGAAGCUUGAGCUUUUAAUGAACUGUGUUUAUAAUUCUUGUGAAAUGAUUGACGCUGGAGACAUGCAUUUUGAUAAUUAAAUAGUCAUUGUUUGGAAAAACAUUUAUGGUAUUAUUUUCAGGUAGAAAUGAUUGAUAUACUGUACAUCACAGAAAUAUAGGGUUCUUCAUUAAGUGUUACAGUGGAGCUGUACAUUGAGGGUUAGACAAAUGACAGAGGGUUACACAAAUUUAGAAAUUCUUACAAUAAACAAGACAAUUCUUCAUUCAUGCACAUAUAGUGGAGGUGGGUAGGGGCACAUGAUAAGUGUUCCUUAAAACUGGCCCUUGGAAAGUUGAGUACAGGACAUACCACAGCUGGUUGACUGAACCUGCGAAUGUCAGGGGGAUCAGCUAUCAAAUGUGCUCUAAGCCUGGAAAUUGGCUUUCAGGGUAUCAGUCUUUGAACCCAGUGUAGAACAUGAACCUGGGUUCACACUGGAAACGUUGGAGACAAAACUGUUGGCUUCUUAGUGAGUCAUUCUCCUUUGCCAGACAAUCUAUUUCAUCACGCUCUUCCAAAGGCAGGGACUUCUGUGUGUAAUCAUGAUUUGGGAAUGGUAGCUCUGCAACAUGGUUGGAACUGAAGAAGGAACUGUCAGGAUAUUUGUGAACUUGGAUUUUCUGGUGACAACAGAAGUGGGGAUAAUGUAGCCUACUUUCAUAAGAGAUUGGCAGGUGUAAAAUAGUUUAAAGAUUUGUUAAAUGUCAACUAUGGACAAUUCAGAAACAUUUAUUACUGUCACGUUUAGAGCACACUUUGGUGUUUUCCGUGAUCUAUAAUAUACAUUAAGUACGCAAACUUCGUGGCUUUUUGAAUAUAUGUUAUAUCCUUGCGUAUUUGGAUGAUCCACUCGCAACGGAGUUGUGGGUAGGUAGGGAACCGUUGAAAAUAGAGGUUACCAGAUUUUUCUCCUCUUGUAUGAGGUGCAUUCAGGUACACAGCAGUACGACAUGCAAUCUUUCACUAGCUACCAUCACGCAACAACAAUGCAUUGCCUGGGCUUACUUCCGUGGUUCACCCAUAGGAUUUCCUGCCUCGCCUUCGUUUCAAAAUAGCGCCUGCGUGACUGAAGCGUAUACACCCUGGUAUUUGCCUUGCCAGUGCUAAACUCUCCCAAUUUGGAAGGGCUGUUGCAGUCUCAUAUUUACGGUAAUAAAUACUUAUGUCACGAGUUGCCAACCGCCGAUAAACCCCACUGAAGAAGAAGAAGUACGUCACGAGUUGAACGGAAGUGCGAUUGCGCACGCAUCUCCAACUUGAAACUUUGUUUGCCUUAAUCGAUCUCUUACAUAUGCCAAAUUGGGCCAAUAUCAACAUUUACCAUUGUGUAAAUUAAUUGAGUAUUUAUUGCACAUUGGCUAGCUACAAAAAUUGUAACAUAUUUACUUAAUAACAGAGAAUACUGGGCUGGACAAGAUGGCCAGCUGCAAUUUUCAGGCGCAGUUGGUAUCCGUUAUGGAGGUAUUAGCUAAAGCAGCGGUAGCAGAAAUAAACCAACGUGUAGAUGAUAGUUGUGCAGUUAUACGUUUGGAAAUGACCCAAAGCCAGCGAGAUAUUGAUUUACUGAAAAGGAAGUGUCAAAUGAUGGAGAGCGAGUUGAAGAAGACGCGAGGACGAGUCAGGAGAAAAGGUAUAUAGAUGUGUUGUUAUUCAUAGUAAUUUGAUUGCAUCAUGGAGCAACUGAAUAAAAACACGUGUGAAUAGCCCUAAUAUUUGACUGAAUAUAAUUAUUUUCCAGUUUUUUACCCCAUGGCAUCAGAGAGAUCUUCAUAUCCAGUCAAGAUAGUUUUGAACAAGCAGAGGAGUAGCUCACAGUGGAGAGACGAAGAGCUGGCUGUUGGAGAGGGCUCUCAACCCGAGGUGUGAUACAUCACCUUGUACAAUUACAGAAAUCCAGGGGCCUCAUAACUGUUGCAUACAUUUCACACUAAAUAUCUGCGUGCGCCAUUACUGAAAAGACUGCGCAUGUACAAAAAUAUAGAAAUGUAUAAACUUAAACUGCGCUCUAGAUCAGAUGGCAUAGAGCAAAAUACUUGAAAUAGCUUAUCUAUUUACUACUGUGAAGUGGGCCAAUUAAAUUAGAGACAGGGAGAAUGGUAUCUAACUUGUUGUAGGCCUAUAGGCUACCUGAUGAGUAUGAAACCAUCACAGAAAAGGUGAGGAAUUUAUUCUGCAAUGAUCAUGGAAAUGAAAUAAAUAAUAGCCUAGGCAAUAGAUGCCUAUUUCUAAUUAUUUUAUAAUACAAAGAUAAACAAAAUUGAUGUUCUCUCUUCUCACUAACGGCAAACGAUUGCAUCUUGUUAUUAACCUGUUAUUUGUUAUGGACAAACAUGCUCUUCUUAACCCCUAUUUGCACAAAAUACUAGGCUACUUGCCUGCUUGCAAUGCAAUACUUCAACCACUAGAAACUGCGUAGGCGUGGUCUAAAGUUUGUGGGAAGGUGAGCACAUUCUCACGACAUGUUCGGUUUUUAUAAAUGUCAACUUUUGCGUGAAAACUGGUGCACGCAUGUUUUGGGGUAUAUUUUGUACAUAUGCACGGUUUAUAAAUGAGGCCUCUGACCUCGGAUCAAUUCUGUUAUUGGAAUAUCAGGAGAAUUUACUGCUUUUGUAUGGUUCAUGAGUAUGAAAAUGGUUAGAUAUGGUUUGUGUCCAGAGUAAUAACCUCAGUCCCCUGUUACAGCCUACAGAUGUGGAGCAGAGAGUGGAGACUGAACCCAUACUGAUCAAAGAUGAGGAGACAGCAGAGGACGUGUGGAAGACUGACCAUCAGGAAGAGCUCAGGGUCACUGGAGAGGGUGGGUGAAACCAUAAGGGGUACUGCUCUGUCUGUCUAUGGAAGACUGUGUGGGUGUGGUGGUAUGCACGUCCCAAAUUGCUACAUUAGUGUUGGGUGUUUUAUGUUCUGGCAUAUGGAGCGCACGGACACACAGUCAGUUCUAAAGCAGUCAUGUUUUCCAACUGUUAAGGGUCUUUUGUAAUGUUUAUUUAAUGUUUAUCCCCAAAUCUUUAGAGUCUGGUUCCAAGCCUGGGAAACCACUAUCUUUUGAACAACGGCACUGUGAUGAGGACUUUAUCACACAACCCAACAUAUCUCCCGAAGACUCAGUGGAACAUUACCCCAAUUCUGAUUGUUCAGAGGAACCAGGCACACCCCGGCUCACAUCUACAGAGGUGUUCAGCACAGAGCAACACCGGCCAGCCGAGGACAAAGACUCACUAGACCUAGUGAUGGUGAAGGAUGAGAAAGAGGAGGAGCUAGAUCAGACCAUGGCCCUGGCAGGACCUGACCAGUUUGUUAUGGAUGAGACUGAUGGGCAGCUGUGGACCUCUGUGGAUCCAGGCAGAGACACUGACCCUGAUGGCCACCCAGAUUUCUCCUUUCAUUCCACAGAAGAGUACUCUCAGAAUAUCUCGAUUUUCCCAUCUUGUAGUAGGCUGCCAUCUGUUCCUACUAUGACAGAUGAUGUAGGGCCAUCGCUUCACUCUUCUAUAGUGAAACCACAUGCUAACAUGUUCAGUGCAGCAGCACACAUGAAAAGACAUAUCAGGACAAUGGCUGAUAUGACUAGACAACAGAUGCCAGAGGGACAGAGCAGCGAGAGGCUGAACUCAAAUAAUGAAGGAAAUAGUUUAGCCCUACAGCCAAGGCAGCAUCAACACACUGCUUCAGAAUCAACAGUGAGAUUGAGUGAAUGCAUGACAGGGUCAAACAUGGCCACCACCUCCACCUUCUCUGGAUACAGCCUGAGUCACAGUAGUUUUAACAUGGUGAAGAGAAUGAGGACUCAGUGGAGGUCGGGUGGCACCACCGAGAGGCGUUUCAGCUGCACCUUCUGUGGGAAGAGCUUCCAGCGUUUCUGCCAGCUCAAAGUACACCUCCGGAGUCACACCGGCGAGAAACCGUACACCUGCGAACAGUGUGGCAGGAGUUUCACCCAGCAGUGCAACCUGAUCAGACAUGCUGUGGUCCACAGCGGGGAGAAGCCCUUCAAGUGCACACAGUGUGGGAAAUGCUUCACCCAGCGCUCUAGCAUGAAGUCACAUCAGAAAACUCACAUAGGAGAGAGUCCAGUGUCUCAAUACGUGGUACCCGCAUACCCUGGGGAUCCACAC